GGAAGGGAAAGCUUGGGAAAGGAAGAUGACGACGAUUCGUAGAUUCAGCUGCAACGACCUUCUCCGCUUCACCUCUGUGAAUCUAGACCACCUCACUGAAACUUUCAACAUGUCAUUCUACAUGACCUACUUGGCGAGAUGGCCUGACUAUUUUCAUGUUUCUGAAGGUCCUCCUGGCAAUCGAGUCAUGGGUUACGUAAUGGGUAAAGUUGAAGGGCAGGGUGAGUCCUGGCAUGGUCAUGUGACAGCCGUCACUGUCUCUCCAGAAUAUCGCAGGCAGCAACUUGCUAAGAAACUGAUGAACCUUCUUGAAGAUGUCAGUGAUAAGAUUGAUAAGGCCUACUUUGUGGAUCUUUUCGUGAGAGCUUCUAACACACCAGCCAUCAAGAUGUAUGAGAAGCUUGGGUACAUAAUCUACAGACGGGUUCUACGCUACUAUUCAGGGGAGGAAGAUGGGUUAGAUAUGAGGAAGGCAUUAACAAGAGACGUAGAGAAAAAGUCUGUGAUUCCUCUCAAGAGACCCAUCACUCCUGAUGAACUUGAAUAUGAUUAAGUCUACCAAUGUCUUUAUAUUCCUUUUGUUCUUGUCAUGUUUUUUUGUAAUAAUAAUUGUAUUAAACUUUUAUAUUUCCUUCCACACAAAUUUUAAUUUUAGUUUUAGUUUGAUUAUUUCUUAAUGUAAUGGCGCGGUCUGUCGUUAUAGUUUUUGUGAUGG